CGGGGCUGGAGGAGGUGGGAGAAUAUGGCCGCGGGGCACUGUGGGAUAGUGUGGACAACGUGGGGCGGGACGGAAGCCUAGUUGGGUCAGCCCGUGGCGACGCGGGAAGUCCGGACGCCGUAGUGUCCUGAAGAGGAACCCUGGGGCGGAGGCACGGCCCCCGGCGGCGGCAAUGGCAGAGAGGCCCGAGGACCUAAACCUGCCCAAUGCCGUCAUCACCAGGAUCAUCAAGGAGGCGCUCCCGGACGGUGUCAACAUUUCCAAGGAGGCCCGGAGCGCCAUCUCCCGCGCUGCCAGCGUCUUCGUGCUGUACGCCACAUCCUGUGCCAACAACUUUGCCAUGAAAGGAAAACGCAAGACACUUAACGCCACUGAUGUGCUCGCAGCCAUGGAGGAGAUGGAGUUCCAGCGGUUCAUUACCCCAUUAAAAGAAGCUUUGGAAGCAUAUAGGAGGGAGCAGAAAGGCAAGAAGGAAGCUUCAGAACAAAAGAAGAAGGACAAAGACAAAAAACCAGAUUCGGAAGAACAAGACAAGAGCAGGGAUGAGGACAAUGAUGAAGAGGAGGAAAGGCUGGAGGAAGAAGAACAGAAUGAAGAGGAGGACGUGGACAACUGAAUAGAGUGGGGAGACUGGCACCUUGGAAGGUACCACUCUGAAAUGUGGUACCCGUUUGUGAGAACCUUUUCCCUGCUGGUCGGAGUAGUCAUAGGCAGAAGAGCCUGACAUUGAAGUAAAGACUCGAAUGAUCAUCAAAACCAGUGCUUCCCAGACUCAGAGCAUCUAAGUAGCAGAAUCCUGUUUUGCUUAAUCAGUCUUAAGGUUAUGUAACUUGUAGGCAAAAGAGAUUCUGAACAGCUAAUUUAGUUAGUCAAUAUGAUCUCUCUUGUUUACUUAUAUAUAUGGGUAGGCAGUUUUUGAUCCCCAGUUCCCUCUCACCCCCACCUCCAAAAAAGUAAUCACUUCCAUGCUGCUUCCUUGUUCCAGAUCACAGAAGCAGUCAAGGCUCAGGAAAAAUUGAGGCUUUGAUCAUGGUCAGCUUGUUUAAUUGUACAGUAUUUGGCAAUACUAUCACAAGUCAUCAGAAUGGCUUAGCUUUAGGAAACUAGUAAAAGGCUGUGGGAGAAUAAUGAAAUCUGUUCUGUUGUCUCUUCACUUGACAGUAACAUUAACAGACCCACUUGGCUUGGAGCCCACCCUUCUGUAUUGCCUAAAGGCAUUUGAUCUGCUGGGGUGGCUGCACUCUGGGCAAAUAUGCUUUUAAGUCAGCAAUGUAAAGUUGAAUUAAGUGCCAGUGUCUUCCUCUUACAAAAUAAGUGAUGAAGUCUUAGAUGUACCUCACUGCCUGUCACUGUACAGCUUUAGAAUUUAUCAUCUCCUGGAAGGCAUAAAAUUUCAGGCUUUUUCUUCAUAGAGUCCAUCUCCCAGGCUUGUGAUUAUGACUUCAUUCUUCCACUUAAUGACAAGUUCCAAGCUUUAUUUUUUCUAGGCACAACUUUCUCCAUCUGUGCUUCUUCCUUCCUGUCCCUCCUGUGUUCCCCAUUCCACUUUCUCUCCCCCUCCUUUUCACAAUUCUACCAAUCCAGGAACUUACAUGAUAACCUAAAUAUUCCAGUGUGUGGGUUCCUUAGAUUUCUUAAUUCUAAUCUCAUGUCUUAGAAAUGAUUUUGUAAACCUCUCAACCUUAAGGGAAAUCUGAUGGUGCUCAGGAAUCUAAUUUGCCUCAAAACCAUCCCCUGUAACUGCUUCAAAGAUACCUCUGUCGAACUUUUUUUUUUCUCUUUCCAUUUGGUGCUCCAAGCACUUACAUAUUUGUCUCUAAGUUGAGGGCUUGGAGGUUGCCAGGUAGUGAAGUAUAGUUUGAUAUUGUUGACUUGUUACAUGAAUUCAAUAAAAAGUUUGUUGAUAAAUGAGUGAAGAAUAUUGAGAAAAUCAUAAUGCUGUGUACAAAUAAAUAACAUUCGUAUUAAAAGUGAUGACUCCUGUUUCA